CGCGGCGCCGCCCGGCCCCCGGUAUAAGGCGGCGGCGCGUGCGGGGAAGGAGCUGCCGCGGCCGCGGCGAGGCCGGGGAACAGCGAGAAGAAAGACUUGCCAGACAAGAUCCAAAACCAGUGUGACCUUCGCCUUUCUAAUAAGGUGACUCAGAAACUGCGUAGAGGACUCCUGGCCAGAGCUGCUUGGUGCAGAUGCUUAAUACCUGACUAUAUGGGGUGCUGGCUUGCAAGUCCCUGAGUGGGAAGAGGAUAUGCCUCAAGGAAUGCCUACACUUUGUCAUUGAGAGGAGUUUAAAGAUGCAUUAAGACAGUGAGGACAGAAAAAUCUCCUGAAGAAGAGUACAGCCUGAAUUAUUGGCCAUGUCUAUCACAGAUCAUAGCCCCACUACUGGAGUGGUGACUGUCAUUGUUAUCCUGAUCGCUAUUGCGGCUCUGGGAGCCCUGAUCCUGGGUUGUUGGUGCUACCUGCGGCUGCAGAAGCUCAGCCAGUCUGAGGAUGAGGAAAGCAUUGUGGGUGAGGGAGAAACCAAAGAGCCCUUUCUGCUGGUGCAGUACUCUGCUAAAGGACCCUGUGUGGAGAGGAAAGCGAAGCUAACUCCGAACGGCCCAGAAGUACACAGCUAACUCGGAGCAACACGUGCAGAUGGACUAUGCUCAUGGCAUGUGUAACCAGCAGAAGCAUCUCAAUACUGAAGAACCUGGUCACAUGCACACUGCUCAUCAGAAAACACCUUGAUGAGAAUUGAAUAAGCUUUGUUUGCAGCUUAUGCAGCAUGCACUGAGAAGUUGCACUUUGCACCGACUGUGUAUCCUAAUUCCUCUAUGGCAGGAGCUGACUCGCCUGGUGUAAUGUCCAUUGCUGGCAAUGGGCACAGGGAUAUACUGGUGUGAAGAGACUACUACUGUUUUUUGUCACUUGAAUGUUUAGCUGAGCAUCCUUUUGAUGGAGCUGCUGUAAUGUGAACUACUUUACAACUGUGAACUGUAAAUAGGCUGCCAGAAACUUGCUUUGUGUUCUGUAGCAUAUGGGAAUGUGAUACAACUGUAUAUAAUACACAGGGGGCCUCCUGAACCACUACCAAGGAUGGGACUCCAGACCUUCAAAACCAAACCUGCAGUUAAAGCUUGCCUCUGCUACUAGGUUGAGUGUGGACCAUUAAAUCAGAACUCCUUUGAAUGGUUUAUUGGACUGAUGCAGUGUACUUCAUUUGAAAAGAAGGGAUAUAUGCCUUCAGUAAUAUGCUGAAGAAGGAAACACAGGAGCUGCAAGAAAAGAAGAGUUCCUUUAGCUGCAGCUAUGUUGCUUAAGCUUUUGGCUGCUAGAACUGAGUUCUUUAUGUAGCUACUGCAAGGAAACUGCCAUUUUGGUGGGUUCCAACCUGGGAACUUAUGAUGGAUACUGAACCCUCAGGGAAAGUCCAGAAGGUUUCCAGGUGUUUGAAAUGGCAGUAGAGCAGGCUUCUCUCUUCCAUAGGUCUGUGUGCUGAAACUGUAGAAGUGGUUACUUAGCAAAACUGGCUUAAGUGCAAGGAGUAUGAAUUCUUCCCAGAACCUUGGUUUGUGUACGUAGGGUGUAUGUUACCAGCAUGUCACAAAAAGGCAUUUUAGUCUACAGCCAGUCAAGUCUAGAAUUCAGUUAAUGUAUCUUGUAUAUAACUUUUGAUUGAACUGUACUACAACAGGAGAAGUUUCAGUCUUUUCUACUGUCAAUAGGAGCAAGGAUUAUUGCUGGUCAGUUUGUAGAAGUUUAUAGCUAGCAAUGGCCAAGUUCUUCCGGAUAACAUACAUUUCCUGCUCUGUGCUGGAGUUCAGCUAUAGGAACUGUAAGAAGGUGUUAAAUGGGAAGUUCUGGACUGCAAAGGUUUGGGGGAAGAGAAGGAACAACACUGAGCAGCUAAUGGCAGCUUACAUACUCUAAAACUUUUCAUGUAGGCACACAUGCUUAGAGGUCACUGGCCUGUUUUCUAUUACUUUAUACAUGGCCUCCUUUGCAUACUGAUAUUUUUAAACACUUAAUUGCCUAGCCUUAAUUCAGCUCCAGAGGAAGUAUUAGACUUGCUUCUUGUACCUGUACAUACAGAAUAACUUAAAGCCUAGCAAGCUUGCUUGAGAAUUUUAACUAUAUGCAAGACAAGAAUGGCCUAGGCAAAAAGUUGUCCCCUUCUUCUACACUAAAAUGUUGAAUUGUUUUUUUAGUGCUACAUUUGCCUUUUUAAAAUUGAAAGCUGUAAUUUGAAGCAAAAAAAAAAUUAAGUCAGUAGCAAAAAGCUCCUGCUGUUGCUUCUUUAGUACAAUAUAUGGGGUACAGCUGAUAAUGUUCUUAGCCUGACACAUGCUUUUUAAGAUACUGCAUGUAUAUGUAUGGUCAGACCUGUACACGUAAAUUGCUGCAUUAGAGACCUCUUAAAAGCAAAGGAAAAAUGAUUAAUUCAAUAAGACUUUCUCUAGUUUUCAGGACUAGUUUGAGGACAGCUCACAUGUGGUUGCCAGGCAGUAAGAAUACUAGUAUACAAAAGUGAUACAAAGUGCUGAAGUUCUAGAACAGAGCAGUUGCAGCAAGAUGACUUUGUCCAUUCAAGUUUACCGAUUACACAGAUGAAGAAUCUAUUUUAGUUCAGCAAAGAGAAUGCAGUGUAAAGGGCAAACUUCAGAAAUUAUGGAAACGUAUAAAUCAAAGAUCUGAUUCCCCUUCUAGCAGCUGUAAGAGAAAGCCAAUGAAAACUAACUGGUCCCUAUUCAGAGGUGCUGCAUACUGCUGCCCCUCCAAACCAGUAUCUUUCAUUUAAAUGGAUAGAUGAUUCCAAGUUAGUGCAAUAGUAAAGUGCAGAAAGUGUUUUCCAUUCUCCUCUUCUCUUAAGAUGGGGGUAUCUAAUAAGUUGUUCAAGUAUACAAAAAUAUUCCAUUUGAUUUUUCUUUUUCUAGAUCAUGUGGGGGAAGAAGUCUUUAUUUACAAUGAAUGUCAAUAAAAUUUGCAUAAAUACCUACCCAA